AUGCGCGGCGGAGUCGGCGGCGCGCGCGUUCAAGCGGCCGCGCGGGAUGCUGUCGCCUUGGCACCACGGGCCGUUCGAGGAGGUGCGCACGGUGGUGGCGCGCUCCAUCGACACGCUGCUCUUCCACAGCACCGACUUGUGAUGCAACUGGUAAGGAACGGUAUCCUGGUGGUGACGCGCUCCAUCGACACGCUGCUCUUCCACAGCACCGACGUGAGACCCGCGAGAGGGAGGGCGAGGGGGGGAGGAGGGGGAAGAAGGGGGGAAGCGCGGGGGAAAGGGGGGGAGAAGGGAAGGGUCGGGGAAGAGGGAGGGACUGGCAUGAUGGUGUAUCCUGGGUGGGGAGAGGUUGGGGGUGGAGGAGAGGGGGGAGGAGGUCGCCCCUAUCAAUCAGUGCCCAUGGAGGUGAGCGUGGUGCUGGUGGGGCUGGACGGCGGUGAGGUGUUUUCGAGAGAAUCUGGAAGCGGGACACCUCCGUUUCCCCCUCAUCCCCCUCCCAUCGCUUCUCUCUCCCCCAUCCCUGCCUGCUCACCUCCCCCACACCUCCAGUCGCCCCUAUCGGUGCCCAUGGAGGUGAGCGUGGUGCAGGUGGGGCUGGACGGGGACGGACCGUACCGAGUCAAUUCACAAGUGGGCAAUUCGUUUCUCCCUCUUCCACCAACCCUCUUCCCUAAACACACCCUCUUUCGCCCCGCACGCCCCUCCCUCCUCUCCCCCUGUCCCCCCCUCCCUCCCCUCCCCCAGUCGCCCCUGUCAGUGCCCAUGGAGGUGAGCGUGGUGCUGGUGGGGCUGGACGGGGACGGCGCGUACCGCGUGGACAUGGAGGGCGAGCAGGUGGAGUACCUGCUGCACCACGGCUUCAGCUACCACCGCCCCGCCUGCUGGGAGACCCGCCGCGAGAUGCUCGUGCAGCACGAGCUCAGCUACAACGUCGUUAAGGCAUCGGAGGAGAGCCUGGUGUCGCUAGAGAAAGCCGUUCGCUCCAAUCUCAAGCUUGCACCCGGGGCUGCUGCUGCUGGCAGCAACACCACGGUGUACACGGUGGAGGCCACGAGCAUAGAGCCCACGUUCGACCGCAUGUACUCGGAGCUCUUUGAGCAGCCUGCUGAGGGUGAGGGGGAGGAGGGCGGCAGCGCGGGGGAGAACCAGCCGCACAAGGCGAUCGCCGUCUUUCUGUGUAACCUGGAUAAGACACGGAUGGACCCGUCACGCCCACCGCCGGCAGGCCCCGCCACAUCGGCCCUGACUGAGCAGCAGCUAGAGCAGCAGGAGGGCGGGUACUCGUAUGCAUACUCGUACCACGGCGCAGGCCACGCUCAGACGUGGCUCUCCCACGCCAGAUACGUGGUGAUAGACCUCUCGGCCGGCCCAGUCACAUUCGGCCACUUGGGCGAGGCAGAGGGCGCAGUGGUGCCAGGCACCAUCCCCCGCGUGCGCUCCAUGUUCCUUCCCGACCAACCCACCCUCUCCUCCUCCUCCUCAUCCACCGCCGCUGCCGCUGCCGCUGGGGGUAAUGCUGGUGCCGCUGCGGCUGCGGCUGCAGCGGCAGCAGCGGCGGCGUCGCUGCACGGGGCAGGGAAGGCGCAGAGCAAGGAGUUCUUCUCGGGUGCGCUGGCAGAUGUCGUGUCCUCCGCUGUGGAGCACCUCUUCUCACCCGACGUCCGAUUUUUGAACGUGGACGUGAGUCACAGGGUGCUGGUGGCCGUGAUAGUGCUGUCCAACCACCGCCACUUCAACCCCCUCGCACCGGGCCAUGCCCACUCCAUCAACCUGCACCAGCUCGAAGCACAGAUCACGGGCAUGUUGGCCCCGGGGCAGGAGGUGGUGCUGGUGAACGGGUGGCACUCGCUGCACGACCAUGAGCGGCUGGCCAUGGCGGUGGAGAAGUCCAUUCGGCACCAGUCCGUGCUGCUCACCCACACCGAUGGCUCCACCUCGCACGGCACCAGGAGCUUCCUUGAUGCGCCCUACCUGCUGCAUCAAUUCCACGAGUCGGCUGACAUGCUCGCGUCUGCGCUGCUAGAGGCAGCGCACCCCGCUCUCUCCGCCUCGCUCUUCCUUGAAGACCCGGCAGCAGCAGUGGAGGCGGCAGACGAGGCAGCCAGUGCGAGCGAGGAGGACAGUGUGGUGCGCACGUCCCCCCCAUCCCCCUCCAAGGCCCCGCCGCGCCGCACCAUUCUGCCGGUGAAGCGGUCGUGGGACGCGCACGUGGGGCUGAAGGAGCGCACCAAGAGCACCGCUCGCCGCGCCGUGGAUGCAGAGCUGGCUAGAGAGCACGGCACGCGCGUGCUGCCUGUCUUUGUGCUGUCACUGGCGGGCAUAGAGGGGCAGCUGACAAUGGCGGACGAGGAGGGGCAGGGCGCAGGGCAGCAGGUGUAUGCGGCACCGGAUGCCGUGCUGGUGCUGCAGACAGCAGAGAACAACACCGUGCGCACACGGUUCGUGUCAGAAGGCCAGCCGGUGUUUGUGUCGCCACAGCACCUGCAGCGCCCACUCACAGCCGGCAUAGCAGCAUCACUGGGAGGACUCGUGGCUCCCUAUGAAGACCUCAAUGUGCACAGGCAGCGGUGCAUGCGGCGCAGCUGGGUGUGGGCGGUGGGGCACCACCCGUUCGGGCCGGUGUCCAACACGUCGUCGCUGAGCGCGUUGCUGAAGGACACCAUCCUCAUGAACGCCGUGUACUCGCGCGUUGACAUCUCCCUUCGCUCCCUGCACCGCUGCAUCCAGGCCAUAGAGGACUUCUCCAACACGUACCUGUUCGCGGCGCUGGGCAACGAGGUGCACCACCCCACGCACUCGGACGCACACGGCAGCACCAACAGCACGGGCAGCAGUCUCAAGGCGGUGCUCAAGGCGCUGGAGUCGAUCUAUUCAGACCCGGCGCGGUCCUCGCUGCCCAUACCGCACUCUGUGGUGGAGCGCCUCACACACACCCUUAAGGAGGCGGAGGAGCAUCUAUCGAAGCUGAGCUCGCACCUGUACGAGCAUGAGCUGGCGGACGCACACCACCUCUCGCGCUCCCUCCUGCACUUCACCCACGGCUUCCACCA